AUGUUUACCACCUCCAACCUCCUCUUUUACAAGACCAUAUUGGAACCAUGUGUUGGGUACUGGAAAGCAAGCCAUGAAUCACCUAAGAAGCUCUUGUUCUUGAAGUAUGAGGAUAUCAAGAUGGAACCAUGUGUUGGGUACUGGAAAGCAAGCCAUGAAUCACCUAAGAAGCUCUUGUUCUUGAAGUAUGAGGAUAUCAAGAUGGAACCAUCUAUGGAGCUGAAGAAGUUGGUGGUAUUCACGGGAAUGCCUUUUACGAUGUGGGGGGGGGGGGGGGAGAUGAGGGAUGCAUGGUGGAAGAGACUAUGA